GGAUGCCCAUCGGCUCCAUGCAGCGUUACCGCCAUCAUGGGAAUGGGCAGGCGCAGAUCUCGACAGAGGUUUCAGGUCCCUUCGCCAUUUGUAUUUGGCAGCCCCUUUGCUGCCUAGGGCGUGCUCUUGCCCUCAUUUAACAUGGCUGACCGCAGAGGUGGUCAUGUGACCGCAAGGCUGUCUCUCUCCCGCCUCCCACUGCCAGCCCCUACCUGCCGGCGCCCUCUGGGGGGCGGCCACGUGGACGCCGGGGUGGUGAGUGCGGGCUGAACGGGGCCGGUAGAAUAUAUGUGAAUAUCAAACCUGAGAUGGCUCAGAAGAGAAACUCAAGUGGGCAGUUAUUCCCAUUGCUGCUACUGAUUGUUGUAGCCUUUGUCCAUCUGACUGUGUGUCCUUUUACCAAAGUGGAGGAAAGCUUUAACCUACAAGCUAUCCACGAUGUGGUGUACCACCAACUGGACUUGGAUAAGUAUGAUCAUCAUGAAUUUCCUGGAGUUGUCCCAAGAACGUUCCUUGGACCAAUUUUUAUUGCUGCUCUUUCCAGCCCAGCUAUAUAUGUUCUUUCUGUGCUAAGGAUGUCUAAAUUUUACUCCCAGCUGAUAGUCAGGGGGAGCUUGGGUCUCAGUGUGAUUUACACAUUGUGGAAGUUGCAGAAGGAAGUUAGAAAGCAGUUCGGAGCAACUACAUCAGUGAUCUUCUGUCUCAUCACUGUUACUCAGUUUCAUUUGAUGUUUUACUGUACAAGAACCCUACCUAAUGUGUUUGCACUUCCUUUUGUGCUUCUGGCAUUGACAUUUUGGAUACAGCAAAAGCAAAGGCCAUUCAUCUGGUUUUCAGCUUUGGCAAUUAUAGUCUUCAGAUCAGAACUCUGCAUAUUCUUAGGUCUCAUGCUCCUGGUGACAUUAUUAACUAAAAGAAUCUCCAUUUUCAAGGUGCUUUCCCAUGCUGUUCCUGCUGGAUUUUUUUGUUUGGGGCUAACAGUUGCUGUGGAUUCUUUAUUUUGGAGGCAACUUGUGUGGCCUGAGGGGAAGGUGUUCUGGUAUAACGCAGUUUUAAACAGAAGUUCCAACUGGGGAACCUCCCCAUUCUUGUGGUACUUCUAUUCAGCCCUGCCUCGUGCUUUGGGAUGCAGCAUUGUAUUUGUACCUUUGGGUGUAUCAGAGAAGAGAACUCGGAUAUUACUUUUGCCAGCACUGGGUUUCAUAUUCUUAUAUUCAUUUCUCCCACACAAAGAGCUCCGCUUUAUCAUAUAUACUUUCCCUGUCUUCAACAUAGUGGCUGCCAAAGUGUGCUCACGAAUUUUGAAUAACUACCGGAAAUCCUGGCUGUACAAACUUGGAUCUUUCUUCGUUGUAAUGCAUCUUCUAGUUAAUGCUGCUUAUUCAGGAACAUCUCUGUAUGUUUCACAUUUCAAUUAUCCUGGAGGAGUGGCAAUUCAGAAGUUGCAUGAGUUGGUACCUUCAACAACAGAUGUUUCUGUUCACAUUGAUGUGGCUGCAGCACAAACGGGAGUGUCUCGGUUUCUAGAAAUCAAUUCAGAUUGGAGGUAUGACAAAAGAGAAGAUGUUAAACCAGGAGACAAGUUGAUGUUUUCUUAUACACACAUACUGAUGGAAACAAACCCUCUUCAAACAUCACAUUACAAGACAACCCACAGACCACUGGCAAAUAUACCUGCCAUCAGUAAAAUUGGGUUGAACCUUACUGCACUACCUCCUUUUACUUUAAACCUGAAACCUAAAAUAGUACUGUUGGAAAAACUUCCUGUAUCAUCUUGACUGUGAAUUUUAAGUAAGUCUUUCAAUGUAAUUUUGCUGGUGACUGAAUAAAAGACAGCAGCAGAUUGCCAUUCCAGCACUGCAAUUCAGCUUCUUUGGAAAGGCGUGGAAAACCUUUGUACCAGUUGGUACUUAGCUCUGUCCUGUUUCUCUCAUGAGUAUUACAACACAUUCCUAGUCCAUAUAUGCUCAAAUACUGAGUUAUUGUUAGUUAUGUUUGAGCAAGGCUACCUACAAGCUUAGUGGUAUUAACUAAAACCUGUCUACUUAGAUUGGGUAGCUGUCUAAUAACAUAGUGCAGAUAUGUCCCAAUUGUCCUUUAUAAGAUGCAUAAUGGAACAGGUUUGUGGUAUAGCAAUCAUUUGAUAUGUUAUCUGUGUGUGCAAAGAUGUAUUGCCUGAUGUAGCUGCAGGACUAAACCCCUCAGUUGCCAGAUUGCCUGUGUGAAACUUAAUGAUGCUAUCAACAUAGGAACGCCAUAUUCAUUAUAGCUUCAUUAAAAUACCUAACUAUGCCCUGUAGGCUACCAAACUAAUUGAAGUGAAAUAUUCACUUAAAAUGCAGUUGAACCUCUUGACGAGCACUGUCUCAUAAUAGAUUUGAGUAUUAGAUGAUGACUUUCAUUCCAACAAUUCAUGAAUAAGCAUUAGAUUUCACAGAAAUUUUUUUUACAUUUCCUCCUUCUGCUGUAAUGGUAUUGCCCUAAUUUUCAGUGCAAAAAUUUACCUACAAAAAUACUCCCUUGAAUACAUUCUAAGAAAAGAGGUGCUGUUUUCGUUUUUUCUAGUGGUCCCUUUGGAAGGGAAUAAUCUGAUGUGCCAUGUGUUGCACUUUCUAAACUAGAAUAAGACAGCAUACUGUAGUCUUUACUAGAUCUUUAUUAGAUAUUUUUGUUAAGGAUAUCUGCCUAAGUUGCUGAAUGGAGUAAGUUAAGGGAUAAACUCAAAGAGGGUAAAAAGAAAGUUAUGGUUUUGGUUAGGGCAAAUUGUAGUAUGACAAGCUCCAUUAGUGUAAAACUCAGUGUUCUAAAAUAAACACAGCCAGAAAACUAGUCCUUGCUGACUGAAAACUCAAGUAAAAAAAUAGCGACUGAACUGUUGUUUCAGUUUUAUACUCUGAAAAGGUGCUUGCCUGUGUACACUUUAAUUUUUAGGACUAUGUUUUCUUUUUCUUUAGAUUAUGUAUCAUAGGAAUUGAUCUAGUGGGGUGGUGCCUGCUCCCUUGUGGGUGGCUGUUGCACAGGCUUCCUUAUGCUAAGCAGAUCUGGCAAAUGCACCUUGCAGAACUUGUUAGUCUGGUCUCUGGCUGCUCUUGAUAUUGAAAUCACUCAAGUAGUGUCUGUUUGGCUGGUCUUUGGAAAACUCAGCUUCCUUCAGAUCCAAUUUGAACAUCAAACAGUUCACAGGACAGAAGGAAGUAGAUGUGUAAAUGGCUGAGAAUUUGGAACAAUAUUAAGGAUAAGUUUUGAGUAAAGAUGCUGGUCCUUAUGUUAAGCCUAAUCAUUGGCCUGGUGUCAUUUUCUCACACACUAACCCACAACUCAAAAACUCAAUCUAGAAUUUGUCCUGGACAGAUAAAUGCCUGCAUUGAUCAAAGUUAGGUGUGUAGUUACUUCAGCUUUCCAAGUCCCUUUCUGUUAAAAUCUGUUGGACUCAGACCAGGCAUGGUGUCCUGCUGUUCAGCCUUGCCUCUAAUGAAAAUAGAUGUCAGCUGUCGUUGUCCUGUUAAUGUAUUUAUUUGGGGUAGAGAAAGGUAAAAUACACAAGGAGUGGAUUUCAGUUUUGAGCUCUUCAUAUGUUGUUCUUGAGAAGUGCUCUAAGAUGUAGAACCUGUGUGGGCUUGUAGACAAAAGGCCCAUACCAUGCAGCGCAUAUAGCACCCUAGCACCACUGGCUUUAUACCCUCUGUGACAACACUGGUAAUUCCCCUCCAGCAUAGGCUGUGAAUAUCACAAUAGCCCAUACCUGUCACAAGGAGGGACAGCUCAAACUGGGAUGAAAAUUACUGCAGUUUUUUCCCCAAAGGCUGCUUUCAAUUGAAAGCAAAUAAAACCACAAAGCAAACCCAAACAAACUACAAAAAACAGUCCUUGAACUCGAAAGUACAGCCAUCUCUCUCUUAAAGGUAUGUCCUCAUUUUGGUCCUGUGAUGUUUUCUUUCUCACUCCACAAGAAAUCUAGAGGUUGUUUUCUCCUUUAAUAUAGUUUAAGAUUUACUGUACUUGCAUGGAAGCAAGCAUGUGUUUUACUUCUCUUGAUUAUAAGAGAGCAUUAAGGAAGUCUGUCACCCCUUUUACAAACUUGCAGUGGGGUACUACAAAUUCAGGGGAAACCUGAAAUUACUGAGUGAAUGGUACAGGUAGGAGACACAGAAAGUGUACUUGCUACAAUUUUUGAAGGGACUUCAAUAAAUUUCUCAUGACUCUUCAGGUUCUUAGAAAGUAAAAAAACCCUUGUUUUUCUUUACAAUUACAAAUCACUCUACCAUACAGUAGAACGUUUCUUAAUAGAAACAGAAAUCGGGUGAGCAUUGAUUUCCGGUUAAUGCAGCCCCAAUAACAGAGGACUAAAUCAACCUGAAAAAAAAUAGUGCAGUUCAUCUACAAAUUGUGUUGCAUCUACAAUGUGUAAACACAGAAUGGAGUUGUAAAUAAAAUACAUUUAAGAUGUAUAA